AUGCCGGCUUUACCCCGCAACCCCCACCUCCGUCGUCUACUUCAACCAAGCCACCAUCUCUGGUCUUCCUCUGCUUCAUUAUCAUCGUCUCGAUAUUUUUCAUUUACUGUUCGCGCCAUGGCUCAAGAAUACAAGCUCAAGGGCGUGACGUCGCUGUCACUCAAGCCCGGCCAAAAGCAGGAGGUUGAAGUUGAAGGCAUCCAGGAUGCCAAGGUCCUCCUCGUAGGCCUGCAAACCUCUGGAAAGGCAGAAGUGCAAGCCAUUGGAGCCAAAUGCACCCAUUACGGCGCUCCUUUGGCAAAGGGUAUUUUGACUACUGGAGGCCGUUUGACUUGCCCCUGGCAUGGAGCUUGCUUUAAUGCCAAAUCCGGAGAUGUUGAAGACGGCCCUGCGUUGGAUAAUCUUGAAGUGUUUCCUCUCACCGAGCGUGACGGGGGAUUUUACAUUAUCGGCGAGGAGGCGGCUAUCAAAGGUGGCCGAAGGAAGCCCAACUUCCAGUGCAGCGUCUCAAGUGACGCCAAAGAGAGGGUUGUCGUCGUCGGUGGUGGCUCUGGCACGCUUGGUCUUGUUGAAGGACUGCGAGAGAAAGGAUACAAGGGACACAUCACCGUCAUCUCCAAGGAGGGUUACCUGCCCAUUGACAGGCCCAAGUUGAGCAAAGCACUCAUCACAGAUUCAUCCAAGCUAGCAUGGCGUGACAAGAGCUGGUUCGACAGUGGCUCAGUUGAGUGGGUUGAUGGUGAAGUCAACAGCGUCGACUUUUCUGGCAAACAGGUGGUGACUGCCAGCGGCAGCAAGGUUCCCUACACCAAGCUGGUUCUCGCAACUGGAGGAACUCCCAGGGAGCUCCCUCUGCAAGGCUUCAAGGUUCUCGGCAACGUCUUCACCCUCCGCACUGUGCAUGACGCCAAAAAGAUUGUAGAUGCCAUCGGAGAAAAGGGCAAAAAGAUUGUCAUCAUCGGAUCAUCGUUUAUUGGCAUGGAAAUUGCCAUCGCGACAGGCGCUGACAACUCAGUGACAGUUGUAGGCAUGGAAAAGGUGCCCCUCGAGCGUGUUCUCGGUGAGCAAGUUGGUGCUGGCAUUCAAAAGGCCCUGGAAGGCAAGGGUAUCAAGUUCUACCUGAGCGCUGGUGUCGAAAGGGCUGAGCCAUCAGCCUCGGACCCAUCCAAGGUUGGCGCUGUCUAUCUCAAAGACGGUACCAAACUUGACGCAGACCUUGUCAUCUUGGGAGUGGGAGUAUCCCCCGAGACGUCUUACCUAAGGGGCAACUCGGCUGUUGAGCUGCAAAAGGAUGGAUCGCUCCAGACCGACGAAAACUUUGCUGUCAAGGGUCUUACAGACGUUUACGCUGUUGGAGACAUUGCAACCUAUCCGUACCAUGGCCCAGGAGGCAACGGUGGCCUGGUUCGAAUUGAGCACUGGAACGUUGCUCAGAAUGCUGGCCGUGCCGUUGCCACGCACAUUGUGAACCCAUCUGCAAGCACCACGUACUUUAUCCCCGUCUUCUGGUCUGCGCUGGGCGCUCAAUUGCGGUACAGCGGCAAUACCAUUGCCUCGGGAUGGGACGAUGUGGUCUUGGAUGGCGAUGUCGCUGCUGGAAAGUUUCUGGCCUACUAUACUAAAGGAGAGACCGUGGUGGCGGUCGCCUCUCAAGGCCGCGAUCCCGCUGUGAUGCAAGUGUCUGAGCUCUUGAAGCUUGGAAGGGCACCAACCAAGAGUCAGCUGAAGAGCGGUGUAGAUAUCUUUAGCAUUGACGUAUCGGCAUAG